AUGGUGACCGCCCUACUUUUAUGUAUAUUGUCGAACUAUGUCAGCCUGUGCCUGGGAGACAUAGUUUCAGGUAACACUACUGUGUUAAGCAACAAUACGUACAAUGCUUUCUCAGGAGAACUGGUUAAUGUAACAUACGAUGAGCUUAAAACCGUGUAUUUUUUCAAAGACGGAACUAACGUAACUGCCUACAAUCUAGCCAUGGGAUCACCAGAACAUAUAGCUAGACAGUAUGGCACUUACGGCCCAGGAGAUGGGUCUGGUGCUUCAUAUCAGGGGAUAGCUGUGAAUACUUUAGCUCUGCGUGAAGUGGCUCAGAACCUGGCAGUAGCUGGACCUUCACCAAAGCUAACAAGACGGAACGUUGAGGACGCUAACGCGAUUUAUGAACACUUACUCAACCAACUUGGUGCUACUAGUGACACUCCGACAUAUAUGCCAAAACGUGAAGCAGCGGUUAAUCAUUGUGAUUCAGGCUAUGCCAGAACCUGGAUUGAUACAGUGUAUUGUUUCUGGGAGAACAGGGACGUCGUCAUGCGAAUCAUAUCAAAAACGUGGACGUGGACCCUCGACACCGGCUUACUUGGCGAUGCUCCUGGCUGGAUACGGGUUAGUCUGGGCGUAUUUCAACAGGCACAACAAUCAUCACAGAAGACAGUCUGCGGUAGCGUAACACAGUGGUAUGAUACUUAUCCUAACGGAGGAUCGGAUAAAGUGUCCUACCUUAUAGCCGUGUCUGCUUACACUACAGGUAAGAAUUGUGACACUACCGCGAGCGAAGACACGAUUAGACAGGCAUUUGCGGGAGCGGCUCAAGCAGUAUCUAACACAGACGCUUCGAGUUGGUGCAUCCAUUUUAACCAUAGAGGUACGUGGAAUGCCGACAUAAGAGUGUCACUCUGGGAUGAUGUCCAUUUUUGUAGCCAGAAUAUAUGGGACAUACCGUGUCCAGAUAAUGGCCAGUGGCAGCCAGGCAAGAAUUACAUUAAAGAUGAAUUGUGA